UGUUAAAAACGAUCUAUCAAGUAAAACAUGUCAAAAUUUCGUGUUCCUUCAGCAAGUCUUUCAAUUUAUUACAAAAACAACUAGAAAUCUACAUAAUACGGAUAGUUAUAAAGCACAAGACUCUAGAUGCUGGCAUCAGAAAGUGUAAAUGUUUCUUACAAGAAGGUUAAGAAGAAGAAAAUAAAAUGAAGUUGGUUAUUUUGUGUGCACUUUUGGCCGUAAUGGUUGUCUUGCCACAAUCAGCCUACAGUGAUGAAAGUGAAGAGAUUCGUAUCUCCGACCCUGAAUUCAAUCUAAGUUUCAAUGAAACGAAAGAAUAUUUGAAAAAGGCAGAUUUGGAAAGUGUUGGUUUUAAAAGAACGGAAGAAACAAUCACAGAAACAGAUGACAACGGGAACAUCGUACGAUCGAAGAGCAUAAAUUACCAAGUUACUGACGACUGUACAAAGGUGAAGUAUUGGGAAGGAAUUUUGGCACAACGCCUGGGCAAAGGUUGGAAGAAACGUUCAUUGAAGAUGGUGAGGGAGGUAAAAACUCGUAUCGCUGGCAAAAAGACAAAACAGUGUGAAUUUGGUGUGGAAUUUCAAUUGAAAGAUGACUCUCAGAAGAGUGGGGAAAACGAUGCAAAACGUGGUUGGCGUGUCCGUGUUCGAGUUCGUUUCAGAGUUGGACUUCGUGUACGGAUUCGAUUUCGUUAUCGUAGGAGACUCUGGGGCUAGCUGGAUGCUUAUUCCUUAUUCAAGAAGUGACAAUAACAAUGUAGCUAUGUAUGUCGUUGACAAUUCUUUUUACUGUAAUAGCGUAAGUCUGUAGAAAAUAAAACGAAAUUCUGUUUUUGUCACUGAAA